CUCUUCGCGGCGCAGACAUUUUCCUCGGGAAAGGGAAACAGUCCAGGAAGUGAAGGUCAGAUAGCGGGUCGGGUUUUUUUUGCUCCUUUCUUGUGUAAUUUGGCUGCGAGGUGCCCCUUGCUGUGUCCUCACAGUCUUGGGAGUGACUGUCGAGUUUCUAUUCCAGCAGCGGCGUCUCCACCCGGAGCAAUUCCGGACGUCGCCGUUCUGGGUCAGAUUGACUUCGAAGCCUCAUGUUGCCUGAGCAAGAAGCCCAGCAGGGGAGGAGGAGGAAGAGGAAGGAAGGCCAGGAGUCAGGAAUGGCUGUUUCUCAGGACGGCCCUGUUCUGACUGGCCGCAUCUCAAGGACUCAGGAGGAACAGGUGACCUUCGAGGACGACGUGGCCAUCAGUUUCACUCGGGAGGAGUGGGACUGCCUGGACCCUGCUCAGAGGGCCUUGUACAAGGACGUGAUGCUAGAGACCUACAGGAACCUCAUCGCCGUGGAUCAUCACAGAAUUCAUACUGGGGAGAAACCUUACAAAUGUGUUGUCUGUGGGAAGUUCUUUAAACAAAAAUCGACGCUCACAGUUCAUCAGAGAAUCCAUACUGAAGAGAAAGCUUACAAAUGUAAGGAGUGUGGGAAAACCUUUUGCUACCGCUCGCUCCUCUCAGUACAUCAGAUAACCCACGCCGGAGCCAGGCCCUAUCAGUGCGAAGUGUGUGGGAGAAACUUUCGCCACAAAUCAUCCCUUGGAGUUCACCGGCGGAUUCAUACCGGAGCGAAACCUUACCAGUGUAACGUCUGUGGGAACUUCUUCAAUAAAAAAUCAAUCCUUACAGAUCAUCACAGAAUUCACACGGGAGAGAAACCUUACAAAUGCAGUGAAUGCGGCAAGGCCUUCAGUGUUAAAACAUCCCUGGCGUAUCAUCAGAGAGUGCACACCGGGGAGAGACCUUACAAAUGUAACGAGUGUGGGAAAACCUUUUCCUCUUCCUCCCACAUCAUACGACACAAACUCAUCCACACAGGAGCCAAGCCGUAUAAAUGCAGCGUCUGUGGGAAAGCCUUUCGUCAAAGUUCAAAUCUCUCCAGUCAUCAGAGAAUUCAUACUGGAGAGAAGCCUUACAAAUGUAAAGAGUGUGGGAAAACCUUCUGUUACCGCUCAUUCCUCUCAAUACACCAGAUAACCCACACCGGAGCAACGCCCUCUCAGUGUGAAAUCUGUGGGAGAGACUUUCCUCACAAUUCAGCCCUUGAAGUUCACUGGAGGAUUCAUACCGGAGCGAAGCCUUACCAAUGUAAUGUCUGUGGGAAGUUCUUUAAUAAAAAAUCAACCCUCACGACCCAUCACAGAGUGCAUACCGGAGAGAAACCCUACAAAUGCAAUGAGUGUGGCAAGGCCUUUAGUCAGAGUACAAACUUUGCAAGUCAUCGGAGAGUCCACACUGGAGAGAGGCCUUACAAAUGCAGUGCGUGUGGCAAGACCUUUUCUCAUUGCUCCACCUUCAUACAGCAUAAAAUAAUCCACACAGAAGCAAGGCCGUAUAAAUGCAAUGUAUGUGAGAAAGCCUUCCGGCGAAGUUCAGAACUUGGGGUUCAUCAGAGAAGUCAUACUGGAGAGAAACCUUACAAGUGUAAUGAGUGUGGGAAGACUUUCACCCAGUGUUCCUCUUUCAGGCGUCAUCAGAGAAACCACAUAAAGGAGAUAUUACAUAAGUGUGAUGUGUGUUUCAAGGCCUUUAGUAGAAAGUAUUACCUUAAUGUUCAUAAGAAAAUUCACACUGGAGAGAAACGUCAACAAUGUAACGAUGAUGGAAAGAUCCUUCGUCAAAAAAGCCUUUCUGGAUUUCCGGUUGUGGCUCAGCGGUAACGAACCCGACUCGUAUCUUUGAGGUGGGUUUGGUCUCUGGCCCUGCUUAGUGGGUUAAGGAUCCGGCGUUGCUGUUAACUGUGGUGUAGGCCACUGAUGGGGCAUUGCUGUGGCUCUGGCCUGGGCUGGCAGCUGCAGCUCUGAUUCGACCCCUAGCCUAGGAACUUCCAUAUGCCUCAGGUUCCACCCUAAACAUAAAAAAGCCUUUCUAGGAGUUCCCGUCGUGGCUCAGCGGAAACGAAUCUGACUAGUAUCCAUGAGGACACAGUCGAUCCCUUGCCUUGCUCCGUGGGUUAAGGAUCCAUUGUUGCUGUGAGCUGUGGUGUAGGUCGCAGAUGUGGCCCGGAUUCCGCGUUGCUGUGACUGUGGUGUAUGUAGGUCAGCGGCUCCAGCUCCAAAUCAACCCCAAGUGUAGGAGCCUCCAUAUGCUGCAGGUGCUGCCCCAAAAAGACAAGAAAAAAGAAAAAGCCUUCCUGCUCAUUGGAGACUAUAAAUAUAUUUUUAUAUCUAUACUCUGGCACCCCCAUGCUGUCACCUCUGUCCCAUAGUGCAUCUGAAAAUGAUUGGGUUUUUCCUUGUCACAUGGAUAUGAGUAAAUCCCACAGAGUGAAGUAGAUCCUUCCAGUUGAGAUGCUGUAUCCUGGUGUAUCGUCCUCAUUUUGCCCCUAACAGUACAUAACUCACACCUCUCGCAUUGUGCAGCUUUUCAGUGGAUGUUCUCACAAAGGAAAAAAAAUUUUUUGCUUUCUCUCCUUUUCGUUUCUCUCUGAGAUGGUUGAUGCUUAUUCAACUUAUUACGGUCAUUGUCUCAACGUAUUUAAGUCUGGACAUGAUGCUGUACUCCUGAAACUCAUACGGUGUUCUCUGUCAAGUAUAUAUAUCAGUGAAACUGGAAGUAAAAUAUUGUUUCAGAAGGUAAAUAAAUCACUGUUGUUAAAAAGGAAA